UGGGAGGCGGGGUGGCUGUGACCUGGGACUGGCCGGCAAAAGCACCCAGCCACGUUCUGGUUCUACUAGCUUUGAGCAACGUUUCGGAGCAGAAACCAGGAUAGAUUAAACCCUUAAUUAUAAUGCAGUUAUUAAGAAACGGCCUGGCUUUCUUGAAGGUGUAGAAGAAAAUUUCUGCCCUCGUUAGAGUAUAAUGUGUCAAUCGGAUUUAAGGUUUUCCUGUUUUUAAAUACUUAACGAGUUCAAAUACUGCGUUUCCCCGGGAAGGUUUAUGUAGCCGCAAUUUGCUGUGUAGUACAGACCACGCUUUCCGCACCUUCCGUAGGAAACCUCCCAGAUUGUCUUUGUUACGUCAUAAUUAAAGCCCCGCCCACUCUAUUUGAGCUUUGGAGUUUACCUUGUUUGAGCUCAGAAGAGCUGCCGCCUUUGUAUUCCUUUUACCCUAGCGCUGGGCAAUAUCUAGAUCAGGGGUCUCCAACCUUGGUCCCUUUAAGACUUGUGGACUUCAACUCCCAGAGUUCCUCAGCCGGCUUUGACCCCUGAUCUAAAUGAAAGAGCUUUUGAGAUAUUUGUAAGCCUAACCUAAAUUAAAAGGUUGCAAGGAGGUGAGGAGGGUUUAAAAAUUCUGCAAUGCACUUGCAGAGAAUUGUUGCCGAGUGUGCAAAUAUUUAUUUAUUUAUUUAUUUGUCAAUCAUAUAUAAGGUAACAGGUAAAAGUAUAAACAUAAUUUGGAUACAUGCAAAGAGUAAGUAAAAAAGGAAUAUUAGGACAGGGACGGUAGGCACGCGGGUGCACUUAUGCACGUCCCUUACAAACCUCUUAGGAAUGGGGUGAGGUCAACAGUAGACAGUUUAAGCUUAAAGUUUUGGGGGUUUGGGGAAGAAACUACAGAGUCAGGUAGUGCAUUCCAGGCAUUGACCACUCUGUCACUGAAGUCAUAUUUUCUGCAAUCAAGUUUGGAGCAUUUACCUUUGUAUCUAUUAUUUGCUCGUGUAUUGUUAUGGUUGAAGCUGAUGUAGUCAUUGACAGUCAUGCUGGAGUUAGUCGAAGUGUUGCUAUUGUGACUGCCUAUUUAAUGAAAACUAAUCAUCUUACUUUUCAAGAGGCCUAUGCCUUUGUUCAAGCCAUCAAACCUGAUGCUAAUUUUCUUUUGAUUUGUUCUAGGGUGAAUGAAGGCUUUGAGUGGCAACUGCAACUCUAUGAAAAAAUGGGUUGUAAGGUUGAUGUUAGCAGUACUAUUUAUAAGCAGUAUCGUUUGAAAAACAUUACAGAGAACUGUCCUGAGACAGGCAGCUUGCCUGGUCAUGUCUUCGCAAUUGAUCCAAACACAGUACAUCAAAUCCCAAAUCAUGACAUUCUUUACAGGUGCAGGAAAUGCAGGCGUUUGCUGUUCCGAAGUUCAAGCAUUUUACCCCAUGAUGAAGGCAAAGGACCUGCAGCAUUUGCUCACAAAAAAGUUUCAGAGCCUGGACCUUUAGGCCGUGCAGGUCAAUCAAACUGUACUUCUUACUUUAUUGAGCCAGUGCAAUGGAUGAAGGCAGCACUAUUAGGAGUGUUGGAAGGACAGCUCCUGUGCCCAAAAUGUACAUCAAAGUUGGGUUCUUUUCACUGGCAUGGUGAGCAGUGUUCCUGUGGUCAUUGGGUGACUCCAGCCUUCCAGAUUCACAAAAAUCGUGUUGAUGAAGUAAAAAUAUUGCCCAUUGGGGAGCCAAAGAAUGUGAGAAAGUGAACUUGGUUUGUAUUAGGACAACUGCAUAUACCUGGCAUAAAGAGACACAAUUUAAUCAAUGCUUUAAAUAUCAGUGGCCUUGCGCAAUAAUUUUUGUUUGACUUUACAAUAAUAGUAGGCCAAAUAUACAGCAGAGCUAAUUGCACGUCACAACGGAACAUUUCUUGAAAUAGUUUUAAUUUCUUAAACUGAACACUAAAAUUUGUGGUCGCACCAGGGUACAUUUGCACAACAUGACUGCUACCAGCCAAGAUUACCAUAGUUGCAAAUACGUCUAGAGGCGCUUCCUUCUGAACAACUCUGCAUUGUGUAUGUGAACUGCAUUUUCCCAAUAAAAAUAAUUCCUGAAAGUUUAGUGUGCGAGUUUAUGACCAGAGAGGGAACAGGCAGGAUGUUAAAUUAUAGAGACGUUCAAUUAUCAAAAAUAUAAUUGAGGUUUGUUAGAAAAUCUCAUAUGAGAUGUGCUUCUGUAAAGAUAAUUCUUCUGAAAGUUGAGGAGUUUAGAAGGGUGGGCUGCUCACCUCAGCUUCUGGGAGUUUUGCCACAUGUAUAACCAGCUGCUCAAAUACAAAUCUUGGCAAGUAGCCUAUUGUAUGAAUGUUUAAUCCAUUUCCAGCAAGAUCUGUUCAGCAUGGUUCUCUUGAGGAAUUUUGGAAUUACUACAGUUAAAAAAUUCUAACCAUAUUUGCAUAUUCUUUUUAAUUUUGUAUAAUUUGAUCUUUUAAAAAACGCUAACGUUCUUGUGAAGUAAAAUUUGGCAGUCAGAGCUAUAUUGAACUGCAUACAAUGGAGUUAAAAUGGUCAGGGCAGUUUAUGGUAGAAAGGUAGCUGAGAUUAAAGCUAAAAAUCAGAAAUCUGAACACAAACCCCAAGGACAAUAAAAUAAAAUAAAAAUGAAACUUACAGAAACAGCAGAAACAUCAUAAAACAAAAGUCCAAAAAUCUCCCUUUCAAUUAAAAAGAUCUAAGGGGGGAAACAAUCCAACAAUGUCUGAGGCAGUUUUGGGGGGAAAUGUGAAGACUACAUUUCAAAAGAAGAGUGCUUUACAACACUGAAAGAGCCUGGUCAUUGCUCUCCACCUACCUCUUCUUCAUAGGCUUAGGUGGAGUAUGCUUGUAGUCAAGCAAGGGCUUUCCAACCUAUGGAUACUCGUAGAAGGACUAUUUAUCUACAGGCAGGCCAAUUAAUCAUUGUCACUUAUUUACUGUUACUUAUAAAAGUCAGAAAUGUUGGGCAUACACUAAAACACCCUCCUGGCUCCUGUAAGUUUAGAAAAGGCUAAGGAAUAUAUUUAAAGUCAUAUUUUAUAAUGAUAGCACUAUCUUGUCCAAUAAAUAUGUUUGAAAGUUGCUGGACGUUCCAUAUUCCCAAUCAAACAUCAUGCAACAAUAUACUGCCAUGUUAAGAUUUACAUUUCUGUGUUGCAGUCCUUUUCUGACUUUUAGUAAUUAGUUUAUUCUUUAUGGCAUUAAAAUGUACCUGUACUGUUUUAAUCUUAGGCUUAUUUAAAUGCAUAACCAUAUAACUGGUGUAUGGGUUUGUAGAUCUUAGUUUUAUGAAUUCAUUUUUAUGAUUUCUGAUUGCCUUUGUAUUCCUUUUGUAUUGUUUUCACAGUUAAGAUUUUUUAAAUCAACUUAUACUAUCAUAACUUCAAACUUGCUGACAAUUAUUACAGUUCUACAUUUUAAAUUCUAAUUAGAGUCAUUCAUAAAGUUUAAAUAGCUUUGUGGACUUUAAUAUUGAAGUUUUCUUUUUAUUGUUUGAUAUAGAGAGACACCUGGAUGUAAUUCAUACUAUUAUACCUGUUGCCACUAAAGAUGUUUUUGGCAAUAAGUAUUUUAUUAAGUUUAUUCUAGUGAAGCUCUAUCAAAUUAUACUAGCUUAGUAUUUCAUCAUGUUAACUGGGCACAUAUUUAAAUUUAGUGCUGUUAAUUUCCACAGCACUAAACACAAUAAAAAUAGAUUUUUCCAUAGUUUCUAUUCUGUCUGGAAUUUUCAUCUUGUAAAUCUCUAGGCUAGAUUGCCAACUGAUUGCUCUGUAUUUUCUCCCAUUUCCCUUCAGGUGGGGUGUUGUUGUUUUUUAAUGUUCAUUUAUUCUUCUGAUAAAGUAUCAUUACAAUUCAAAAGGUGAAGACUAUUUUAAAAAUAUUGCUCUGACUCCACAUUAACAUUUAUUUAUUUAUUUUAGUUAAUUUGCAUACGUUGCAUACAUAUGCAUACGCUGGAGGCAAUGCUUUUUCACUUUCUUCAUUUCAAACCUGACCACAGAUUUUCAGUUACCCUUUCUUCUGUUAAAGGCUCCUGCCAUUGCUGCACCAAAAUUUAUUCAAAAAGAAAAAGACAAAAAGAACACUUUUCUCCUCCUUCCUUUGAAGAUGAUGGCCUUAAAUGAUUUUAUAUAGUCUAUUUACUGGGUAUGUGGGAAAUAUUUCAACCUCUGAACAGUCUGAUUCAUAAUGAUAGUUUUGCCUUCAAAAUCAAACACAUGCAAGAGUCAAGCAAAGGCUCUGAAUUGAGAUUGGAACAACAAAAAUUUAUUCUGACUAGCAUAAAAAUGGCCAUUUUGAAUGGUAUUCUAGCUGUUCAAAGCAUACGACAGGGCUGUUGUUUAGUGCCUAGUUUCUAUUUACAAACUUUUCAAACAAACCAGUUAUAGAAGCAGGUCCCGUCAAGGCCAAUUUAAUUUGUGUGGAGCAAAGUGACAGCAAUAUAUUAAGAAGGAAGCAGCAGUUAAACACACCACUGUACAGAAGAAUCUUGCUUGCAACUACAGAAUUCCCUAGUAAGUGGCCUAUGGGAAGAGUGGGUGGUUGUUUAUGGGUUGUGCUGUGCUUUAGUAUGCAGAGAGACAUGUGUGAAUGUAGUACUCUGCUUCCCACACAACCUAUAGCAAAUGCUAUAGAGAUUUAGGUAAACGCAAAGAUAAUAUUGGCUUGUUGAGAUCUGGCAUGCAUAUGCACUUGGUUUAUGUUGUGUUGAGCCAGUGGUGGGUUCAGAGUGCUUUUAGAAUUAUCAAGACUUGAGAAACCCAUGUUGUUACAUAUUAGAUGGGGAGCUUUGAUCUUUUUGGGUUCUUCAGCUGAUUUAAACCUUUGCUGAUUCAAGGUGUCUGUAAUUGCUUCUCCUGUUGUGAGCUUUCAAGAUGUGAAUGGCUGCUCUUUAAGGUCAGUUUUCUUUAUCCCCUUCCUUCAUACUCUGUUUAUAUAUAUAUAUAUAUGCAAUGUUUACCUUAUAAUGAUUUCUUGGCUACAGUCAAGUAUUUUUUUUAAAAAAAUGUAAACAACAAAAAUAACCCAUGGUGAAGAAUAUCAUUUUUAUUGGCUUGUCAUGCUUCCUUUGUUCUUCUCAAGAAUUCAAUGCACUUGCUGCUGUUAAAUGGCUAAGAGUCUGUUCAUUGCUAAGUAGAUACUAGUACAAAAAUAGUAUCUGAGAGUUCACUCUUGUUUCCCUCUCUCUAUAAUGCUGACGUUCCUUUGGGUUCAGCUGAACAUUGAUUCUCUGCUGAGAAUGCCAAGAUGUGUUGGGAUUCUAAUUCUGACUGUUUCAAAUCUACCUUAUGGGGGAUUUUUUUUUUAAAAAAACAAACAUUAAAAUAUUUAAUAAAUGA